GAUUGCUGAUUUCAGAGUAAUGAAAGGAAAAAGUUCAAUAGAGAGAUUACAGCUGGAUUAUAUAGAAUCUGUUGCAUUUUCCAAAGACAUAAACUAUAUUAUUCGCAUUGGAAGAGAUUCCAUAGUAAGAAGUGUGAACGACCACUACAGGCCCUAUCAGGAAGGUUUAAAUUUUUCUAUUGACCAAGUUAAAACAUUAUUAAAGAAUAUUUUUUAUUUGUCCAUAAUUUUCAAUUUUAAUCAAACCUCCAGAGUAGGAGAAAGAGUGGGACAUAUAAAUAAACCAACUACAAAACUAUAUAAUCAUUAUUCAAAAAUUUUUCCAAUUACAAAAACACCAAUUCAAGAUUCCUACCUUUCAAGAAUUGUAAAUAGUUUGAAAAUUCCUAUUUUCAUGUUAACAGAUGUCGACUUUUUGACGCCAAUAUUUCUGAAUCCAAUCUACAUCGUCAGUGAGAACGACCUCGUUAAAGCUUCAGAAUCAUUUUAUCUCCGUUUACUCCUUGAACUCUUUAAAGUUCCUAUAUUAUACGAAAAUUCAAUAAAAGACAGUGACCUGGGGUGUCGAGUCAAACCAGAUUGUUACAUUCAGUUAGCAGAAGAGAAGGUUACAAUAGAAUUCAAAAGAAAUGUAAUUACCAGUGUUACAGAACGAAUUAAUAACAUUCCAUUUGAACCUCCGUUUAACAUGCACGAAAACGUCAUUCUGAUAUUCAGCCAAAUAACAUAUCAACUGUUAUUUGGGCUGUCGCUGACGUGUUUCUUAAUUGAUCGUGACAGCUUAUUAUUGAUGGAUAUUUUUUUGCUGGAUGAUCCAAAUUCAAUAAAACAUGAUCUCAAUUCCAUAAAGUGCAGAACAACAAAAUUAAAUAUAAAUCAAUCACAUUAUACAUCUGCCUUAGUCAUAGCCAGUUUUGUAUUGAAAAGACUAGAAUCUCUCCAGGAUAGACAUGCUGCCAUUAAAAGAUUCAAAAACAAAUUGCGAAUAAGAUUGUAACUAUCAAUUAUUUAUUAUACUGGUAUACUAACUAAGCUAUAUAGAAGGUUCAUUGUCAUGCACACGACCUAUUUGCCUAUAUGUUGCAAAUAGAUAUGUUCCAAUAACGUAUCACCUACGGUACUUCAGCCGCCCUUUAUCCUUAUCUCUGAGUUGCCCACAACAUUAUUAGAUCCUAAAUUACUAUAUAUUUACACAAGUCCUCUACUUUUAUACUUGCAUCUCUUAUAUAGUUUUAUCUCAAUAAACAAGUAUGUUCUGCUUGUAAACUAUAUAGUACUUAUACAUUCA